AUUUAGAAAAGACGUUUGAGGAAUGGCAAGAUGAAAAGUUUGGAUUUGUUUAUGUUUUUACUUACGUUGGUAUGGUUACAUUUGAUUUCGUCGAAGGUAUUUGAAGCAGUAUAAUAAAUAAACAGUUGUCGUUGAAAAUAGUAACCUAGGAACCUUUAUGCAUAUGCUUCCGCCAGCUGGCUCGGCUAAUGUGUUAUGAUUUAUUCAGGGAAUGCUUUGAUCGUGGUACCGACCAAGAUGCUAAACUAUAGGUGUUUCGUUCUUGACACUUUCAUGACAAUACGUGAGACGAGUUGCGAGACGUAGCUUUCUGCAUUGUUUACUUUUUGUUUGGUUGUGUCAUUAUGGUUUCAUAUCAACUCGCUGAGGAAAACAACUGAAGAAAGAAAUAAGCAAAUAUAUAUUCGUGAAAAAUAGUGUACUAGAGCUGCAAUAAGAUGCCGUAUUAUUGUGCAGUAAAAGGAUGCGGAAACAAGGUCCGCAUAACGAAAAACAAAAACAACUCUUUCCGGAUCUUCUGGCGUGAUCGAUAGUCGUGAUUCCAACAGUUUAUUUCACCUGUAAUAUAUUAGCAACACAAAAGUCCACUAAUUUGAAAAAUAAACACGAACCUGUUGCAAUCAUUGUCAACCUCCUUUUGCUCUAGCAAAACCAAUUACUUGUAACAGCCCUUCCGGAUCUUCUGGAUCUGGUAAUCUCGCAAUCAGCGCUAUUUCUUGUCACCGUCGCCGUAAGUACUUUUUUCCCCGCCGAUAGGAUCCAAACAGAAGUACAUCUUGCUUGGAAAAAAAGCAUUGAUUGCGCGGCUAGAAGCUAAAACAUACUCAAAACAUCCUUCUGCACUGUUUUUAAUUCGACCGCUGAUUGUAGAUAUCUGAAAAAGUAGAAGCAAUUAUGAGAAAUUGUUAUACGAAAAAAUCCAGAAAAUUACCUACCUACAGUAAAGCGCGAGCAGCUAUUUUGCCGACGAAUGCAUUUGUCACCAAAAGAUAUGAUAUGUUUUGUAAACAAAUUUGUUUUUUCACGAGCAAUGGCCGAACAGCAAUUUUGACAUUGCGGUCCACCUAUAGUAUAGCACCUUGGUACCGACAUGGUGCAUAAUUUGCAGAUUUGUUUUUUGUGCUGGUUCAUAACGACAAUAAACCGUGCCGGCGAAACUAUAGUCAAUGUUUAGUGUUGUUUGGAAACCAUCUAUCUUUCGUAGGUAUUUGAAGGCAAACAUUUGCUAUGGAACAAUUCUCGCAUGAUCUAACUCUGGCCCUUGAGGAAACAUCUCGCUUUGCAGAGGCUAGGAAUCGAUGGGGAAUGCGUCGACGAACGCGUUCUACAGGAAAUCUACCAUGUGCCCCACAACCGACGGAGGACAGUUCAAGCAGUCCUGUCGAUCAACUGGAUUUGAACACCAAUUCACCGCACCGGAAUAGAGGCAAUAAUAUGAUUCAAAGUGACUCUGAUGAUCGACAAACUUUCGCUUUCUCUUUUCGUUCACGACAAAUACCCAUGGUUGGGAAUUUUGAGUCGGAUUCGUUCAAUGAAAAUUUCAGCCCAGCAAGACCAAGUAUGAGGCGUAAGCGCAAAUUUAAACGAAUGGCUGUCGGAUAUGAGACAAGCAUAUCCUCUUCAUCGAACAUGACUUCUAAUUCUAUUUUUCCAGUUAUUGUGAAAAAACGAGUAUUUAAUCACGAUAAUUUACGAGCCAAUUUGUUUUUCUGUGGUAAACGGAAACGGGGUCACAGAGACCGUUUUAUGGAGUAUGAAUCAUACAAACAAGUUUCAAGCAGCGUUCCAAGACAGCGAGAUUCGUAUGUAGUGAAAUCUUCAUAUUUAGAAAACAAAAGUCGCAACAGAGUAUCAUCUUUUUCUUCUAACGUUGCGCUGAACAGAAAUAUUAUAUCUAAAUUCGAAAAAAUAUCUCACACAUCUGAACGGAACAUGAGACUAUGCUUCCAAUUUUCUACCUCAACCAAUAAACGAACACAUAUUGUCGAAGAACCAAUGGAUAGUGUGGAAAACAGUAGGAAGGAGUUAAUGUGUUACCUCGGACAGGAGAUAAUCCAUUCGGCCCAAGCAUCCUCAGCCCCCACAAGUAUGCAAACGUUACCAUUUAUAGGUGAUAGUAUUGUAACUAAAGAUAGUCUGCAGACCAUCGCACGGAAAAACGAUGGAAUCGAAGAAAAAACGCAAACGCGAGCGACGAGACCAAAACAAGUAUCGAAAUCCCAGAAGAUAAAACGUUGUCGGGAACAGGAAUCAACCCAACCGCAAUACGAGGAGCGAAUGAGCUGCAUAGACAUGCACGAUCAAGUCAGUUCCAGUUCGUUGAGUUCCAGUGACUCUGAAACUAUCAACACAAACGAAUCCGACCAUGAGGGAGAUGACGAGCUUACGGAUUGGCCAGGGAAUGAGUCUACGUUGCAAAGUAUAGCUAAAAACGACUUCAAGAGAGUGAACAAACUUCGUAUCAUGAAACCAACACUCUCCCAAAUUCAACAGCAGGAUGAUAUGUUUCAAAAUGAAGAUACGUUAAUGUCAACCGAAGAAAACGUAGGGAAAAUCGACGAUUUCAAACCAAACGGUAUCGCGUUAUUGUCACAUAAUUCGAAUUCGAAAUUCGAAAACUCUUUCGGAUCGUCUGAAGAACUAUCUGUAGGUAAUCAAAAUUCAAUGUCGUCUAUAAGGAGCAUCAGUUACCAGAGUAAUAGCUAUCAGCUCGGAAACGAACGACACGAAGUUUCAGACGAAUUCUCGAAUAAUUUUCUUCAACCACAAAGCCUUUACACUGAAAUUCGAGAGAUUCGAGCUGGGUGUCGAAGAGUUCGGGAUGAGCGUCCGGGAUUUUCAAUCAUGUCUAGCGCCAAUGAGCUGCUUUCCCGCUGCACCGUCGGAGAGAUGCAACUGUACCCCCUUUGCUGUUCUUCUUCUGCUGCUGCUGCUGCUUCUGUGGUUAUUAUUGCUGCUGCUUACUGCUCGGUGGUCGACGUCAAACUGCACUCUGCACGAUGAUUUCGGAAUAUUGCUUGGUGGUGGAAUGGAAACUGAACGUGGAGCGCUUUUUUUUCACUUAAAUUCUUUUUAUUUCUUAAUUUGGUUUACAUUAUAAUAAAGUACUACAUAUCAAGUGAUCAACCUAGGGUUCUACAUCUUUAAGUUGCAAUGUCAAGUUUUGUAAUGAUUUGUAUCAUACACAUUAUUCGAUUGUUUCAUAUUCCUAUUGUAAAAUCAUGCCUAAACUUUUCUAGUUUUUUGUUACCUUUUUUUUACCUAAAUCUAACUUAUAAGAUACCCUCCCCAAAUUAUUUACAUUAUCCCAACUUACACUACUUAUCUAACUGGAAAUAAAUAUAUCUACCCAAACCCAAAGCCGUUACCUUGAAAGGUAACGACUAUGAAGUCAGGUAGCAUACUCAUACAGAUUUUGUAUUAUUCCGUGUGUUGAGAGAGCGCAACUCUGUUCAAAUUUCAUACAAUUGUUAUUGAUAAUUUCAUCCAAGGAUUUAAUCCCGGCCAGCUGAUGUAUCUCCGAAUUUCGCGUUCUGGGUGGAGAGUUUAGAAUCAUACGAAGAAUUUUGUUUUGUAUGCGUUGAAGUUUUAAUUUGUGAGUUGGAGCACAGCACUCCCAAAUGGGCAUCGCAUAUGCGAUAACUGGAAAUAUUAUUUGUUUGUAUACUGCAAGUUUAUUCGUUAGAGAUAAUCGAGAGUAUCUAUUGAUCAGGGGAUACAAUGACCUGAUUAAAAUGUUGCAUCUUGUGUCUGUUUUGUCAAUGUGUGCUCUGAAGGUAAGCUUUCGAUCGAAAGUUAGACCCAGAUACACUACUUCUGAAGACCAUUCAAUACUAUUGCCAUUAAGACUGACUGUUAUAUUUUGAGGAGGAACAAGCUUUGGAGUGUUCUUGUGGGGAAACAA